UGUCGUUUCGUCCUUUCAUAUACCUGCCUCCCCCCCGUGCUGGGUGAGCCAAGACCAAGGCCCCACAAACACCCAUCGUGCUUGGCGCUAGAUCUCUGCUAUCCUGUCUACUGUCUGAGCUUGGCUUGGCGAAGACAUUCAUAAUGUCAGGUGUUGCAGCCGGCGCUCUCUCCGACCACUAUCAACCAAGCUCUCGUCGUCGCCGUCGUCGUGCCCGGCGUUCUCGACGUCCCUGCCAUCAGAUCCCUGCCCCAUCCUCCUCUCUUCUAUCCCUCCUGGCCACCGUUGUCGCCUCACUCCCGGCCGUCGACGCCAGUCCCAUUCCUCUCUCUUUUCUCUGCCCAAGAUACCGCCAAGAUUUCGCGGCAGUCGAAGAAACGUGUCGUCGCGACAUUUCCGACUCAUCUGCCGUCCUAUCAGUCCCCGUUCGCAAGCGGCUUGGCAGCCGAACGAUUCCCUUAAAGUAUGAGCAGGGCUCAGACGGCCAGUGGAGACGGGUGGAUACAUAUACACUAUAUGGUUCAACGAUGUGUCCAUCGUGUUCCGCUUCCAGUUACCAAGCUUCGUCGGGCACUUCCCAAGACACUACUACCACAUCAGCUUCAGCUUCCCCAUCUGAAGGUGACAUUCUCGACACCCUUCCCAAUGGCUGGAGGCCGCAGAAUCACGAGCCACGUACUACACUCAUAGUCACCCUUUCCCUUGUGCUUGCUUUCGUAAUAUGCUUGCUCAUUAUCGGCUGCCUUUACUGGCGCAACAGGCGGCGGCGGAAACCCAGGGAAGAUAUAGAGAUGCAUACUCUCAAAAGGCGGAAACAGCCCGUUGUUGACGAGGAAGAGGCGCUUUCUCAGGGUGGUAUCAAGAAGAAGAAGAAGAUAUGGGCUAGAGCUACUGCUAGGUGGAAGGCUAACGCCCGUCAUUCUGCUAGGCAGCGUCGGGGGAAAAGAACUUUGAGUAUCAAUCAAUCAUCCUUACGGCCUGAAGCAGCCCCUCCAGAAAAUAUACCCGACGCAGAUGUCCUCUCUUCUGGAACUGUAUCUCCUUCAUGGUCCAGACAUUCAUCGCGUCGUUCAUCAGUCUCCUCGGCGGAGGGCACACAGCCAGUCACACUAGCCCCUCCGACCGAAUUUGCCGACGUUUCUCGUACAUUUCCUCCAGAUCCAACGCCUGUCUCAGCUACACCGCCAACGUCUCCUCCUGCCUAUCAUCAUCCCUCUCCUUUAUCUGUACCUCGGAUCUAUAUUCGCACCUCAGGUCUCGCACCGCCUUCGGACGGUCUUGCAUCCUCCAUUGCUUCCCCUCUAACUCCAUACCAUUCUAGACAACCAUCUCAAUCCUCGGGUGGUCAUCUGUCUUCUAAUGAGGACUCAGAAGAGCUAGGCUACUCGCCAUCUGCCCAUGCGGCGCAUGUGGCCACUGAUGACAAGGCUCUUCUUCAAAGGCUGACUCAAUUUGCGAGUUCACCUCCCCAAGAUGGCAACAUCCCGGGCCAACACCAGGAGUCUUCAGCACCUGUUUGGCAAGACGAGCCAUUGGACACCUUUGCGGACGUGCAUAGUUCUCCCCGUUUCACUGGUGGUGGUCCCUCUACGCCGAGCAGUUCACUCUUCCCUGCUCCACCGGUGCCUUUGUCAUCCAAAGGAAAAGCGGCUUCGGAGUAUUACGAGUACGACUACACGUAUUCGACCUUCGAUGAAGAUAUCCAGUCUCUCGAACCGGAGCUCGGACCCUCUGCACCUCCCUUCGAAGCGGUAACUAGUGGUCCUGUGCUGGAGUUGCACGAGCUCGUACCCUCUGCCCCACCCCCGGAGAUUGGUGUGGAUGUCGUUGAGAACACGACUGCGGAACUACACGAAGAUGAAGCGUCUUCGUACGAACAUCAGAGUGUAGUCGGGGAGACUCAGCUGCCGCUGCAAAAUGUUGAUGAUGGUCCCUCCCUACUUCCUCCGCAUUAUCACUCUUGAUUUCUUUAUUUCAUCCGGGUUUGGGUGCAAGCUACUUUGUUACUUACCAUCGAUUGUAUCAGCUCAUUAUCUGUGGAUGUGUUUCGGGGCAAUUUAUAUUGGCAUAGUAUCUUUAGUGACAUAUGUAGUUGUAGUUUUAGCAUGCAAUACAGUACUUAGGAAAUAAGCAAUAAUUCAAAAGAAAUCAGAAACUGGAGCCAAUUUGCGCACGUACAACCUGAGAUACUUACGUGUGCGCCUAGACUUGUAUU